AUGUCCUGCAACCACUCUUCCAUCAUCAAGAAAAGAAGCAACAACUAGUUAAAUCUCAUAUAACAGUUCAAGCAUGGCAUCUCAAUCUACUUUGCUCGUCUUGCUCCUUGCAUUAGUAUGUCUCAUUCAAGUCUCUUUGGCAAGCCAACGUUUUGAUGCAUCCUAUCUGGCAAAGCCUCCUGUUGGCCCAACAACUUGCCCAGUUCCUACAGCUCAGUGUUCAAGUGCUUGUGACAGACGAUGCUCCGCAACAUCGCAUAAGAACAAUUGUUUAAUGUUCUGCAACAUGUGUUGUAACUGGUGCCAAUGUGUUCCACCUGGUACAUAUGGACAAAAAGAAUGUUGCUCAUGCUACAGUGAUUGGAAGACAGAGCAAGGGACACCAAAAUGCCCUUAAACUUGAUAAUAUUUAUGUAUAAUUAUUUUUUGUGGACUUCUUAUAUGUACUUGUCAUAAAAUGAUUUUUCCAUGUCAUGAAAAGCAAAUAUAUGCUUAUUAUUCUCGUUCAA